AUGGCAGGCGGGAAUACGCACUCGGAGGAGCCCCACAAUACCAACGCCGACACAAACCAACCGGGAUCGUUUUCCAAGAGAAAGCGCUGGAUAAUUGCUGGAAUUGUCGCAGGCCUGAUUAUACUGGGGCUUGCUAUUGGUCUCGGGGUUGGAUUAAGCAACCGCAACUCUUCAUCCAAUGCGACCGGAUCGAAUCCAAGGUCAAAUACCAGCCCAGAGACCACCCCGUCUACGACAGGAGCCUCCCCGUCUGCAACAUCCCUUUGGCAGCCAGCAGUUGGGGUAAAAUGGCAGAUUGUUUUACAGGCACCCAUCAAUGAGACCGAGAUCGAAGUCCCGGUGUACGACAUCGAUCUCUUCGAUAGCACUGCUAGCAUAAUCGCUUGGGCCCAAGGACAGGGUCGCAAAGUGAUAUGCUACUUCUCAGCCGGUUCAUAUGAGGACUGGCGCCCUGAUGCCACAAGCUUCAAGCCGGAAGACUACGGCAAUGGCUUGGAGGGCUGGGAAGGAGAAUAUUGGCUCAACACUAGCUCCGUCAAUGCUCGGAAUAUAAUGCUGGCACGCCUAGACCAGGCUGCAAAGAAGGGCUGUGACGGCGUUGAUCCCGACAAUAUUGACGGGUAUGAGAAUAAGUCGGGGCUGGACUUGACGACGGACACUGCUGUGGAAUUCGUGACGUUUCUCGCCGACGCGACACAUGCUCGGAAUAUGUCCUUUGGCUUGAAGAAUGGGGCAAAGAUAUUGAGUCGGGUUAUCGACCUAAUUCAAUGGAACGUUGUCGAGGAAUGUCUCCAGUACGACGAAUGUGGUGACUACCAGCCCGUCAUCGAUGCUGGGAAGCCAGUAUUUCAGAUCGAAUACCCAACGACGGAAGAAAAGCCGAGCUACGUGAGCGAUGAGAAGAAGAACGAAAUCUGCGGUAGUACUGGGAUACCUGUCGGGUUUUCGACGGUACUGAAGAAUAUGAAUCUGGAUGAGUGGAUUGUGCAGUGUCCAGCACGUACAUCUGGCUGA